UAUAAUAAUAAUAUUUUACAUUUAAUAUUUAUACGUAAUCGAAUAAGACAAUUAAAAAUAGUAAAAACACUAAUGCAGAUAUCGUAAUUUUCAAUAGAAAUAUUUAAAAAUGUAAGGCAAUGACCGCCGCCCAACGAUUAUUUUCGUUCAGUAUGGUCAAUACUCAAUUCUGUUGUUUUCUGCACUGUUUUGUGAUUAGUGGACGGAGGUAUCGUUGAAAUUUUCCCGCCAUACAAUUUUAUCGCUUCCGGCUCUUUUGCUCCUACGACAACACUAUAGUCCUGUGUCUACUCGUCUCUGACUACUCUGACCGGUGGUUUGCAGCAACCGUGUGGUAACCGAAUCCAGAUCUUAACGGUUUGCAACGCAUAUUAUUGGAAAUCACUUCCAAAGAGUUCUUCAACAGGUGUCAUACGUAAUGGGAAUUGGUCGCUAUCAAUUGAUUUUGGAUUAUAAUUAAAAAUAUUUCCAUAAAAGAAGUAUAAUACCUAUUUAAAUACCUACAGUUACAGGAUGGCUAUUAUACAAUAUUUUCGAAAGACACAGAGCCUACCGAUUCGGGAAUCACAUAAAGUUUUAAACCUUAAAUCUAUAUCAAAAGAUAUUUAUGACAUUCAAAUUGAACAAUGUUUUUACAUUGAUAUUGGGGAACACAAAAAUGUGUCUGCAGAAGAAUUAAAGAAAUUAGAAUGGUUGUUAACAGAUCCAUUAGAUCGUCAUGGACUGUCCAAGAGCAAAUGUCUGGUUAAAAAAGACAAUAAUAGUAUUUUGAUUGAAAUUGGCCCCAGAUUGAAUUUUUCAACACCCUUUUCGAGCAAUGUUUUAUCAAUCUGUAAAUCCAUAAAUUUGAACUUUGUCAGACGUUUAGAAAAAUCUACUCGGUAUUUAAUAACAUUCACAAAUAACCAUAUGUUAACAGCUGAAUUGAUUCAACAGUUAACUACUGCUUUAUAUGAUAAAAUGACUGAAACGGUUUAUACGUCUCCUUUGCUAUCAUUUAAAAGUCAAGACAUUAAAGAAAGUUGGUAUGAAGUUGAUAUACUUGGUAGAGGUGUUGAAGCUAUGAAUGAAGUCAAUACAAAACUUGGUUUGGCAUUUGAUGAAUGGGAUAUUGAAAACUAUACCAACAUGUUUUUAAAGUCCAACAGGAAUCCUACGACCGUAGAAUGUUUUGAUUUAGCUCAGUCAAACUCUGAGCACAGUCGUCAUUGGUUUUUUAAAGGUGAGUUAAUUAUAAAUGGAGAAACAAUAAAUAAUUCAUUGUUAGAUAUGAUUAUUGAAACACAAAAUUUUUCAAACCCUAAUAAUGUUAUAAAAUUUAAUGACAAUAGCAGUGCUAUAACUGGAUUUAAAGUCAAACAAAUAAAACCAACAAAAUCAACUGGUCCCAGUCAUUAUAUUACCGAGUUAUUAAAUUUAAAUUUGGUAUUUACUGCCGAAACUCAUAAUUUUCCAACUGGAGUUGAACCAUUUAGUGGAGCUUCAACUGGUACAGGAGGACGAAUUAGAGAUGUCCAGGCUGUAGGAAGAGGUGGGAUCUGUGUUGCUUCUACUGCAGCGUAUUGCGUAGGAAAUUUAUUCAUUCCUGGUUAUGACUUGCCAUGGGAAGAUAAAUCAUUCAUCUACCCUCAAAAUUUUGCAAGUCCACUCAGAAUACUUAUUGAAGCGUCUAAUGGUGCUUCAGAUUAUGGAAACAAAUUUGGUGAACCUGUUAUUAGUGGCUUUGUUCGCUCGUUUGGUAUGAUGGCAAAUAAUGAACGCCGUGAAUGGAUCAAACCUAUUAUGUUUACUGGUGGACUAGGCACAAUGCUGGCUGAGUUUACUACUAAACUUACACCAUAUGAAGGAUUACAAGUAGUGAAAAUUGGAGGACCAGUUUAUAGAAUUGGUUUAGGUGGAAGUUCUGCAAGUUCAUUCGAAGUUCAGGGAGUAAAUAAGACUAGUUUAGAAUUUGAGGCCGUCCAAAGAGGUGAUCCAGAAAUGGAACAAAAAAUGAAUCGAGUUGUUAGAGCUUGUAUUGAAAAUCCAUGUUAUAACCCUAUAUUAAGUAUUCAUGAUCAAGGGGCAGGUGGAAAUGGGAAUGUGUUAAAGGAAAUAGUAGAACCAGCUGGUGCUGUAAUUUAUGCAAAUAAAUUUGAACUUGGUGAUCCUACAAUUAAUGCAUUAGAGCUUUGGGGAGCUGAGUAUCAAGAAAAUAAUGCUAUUCUCUGCGAUGAAAAAGAUUUAGAAUUACUAAACAAAAUUUCAUUAAGAGAACGAUGUCCAGUUUUACCAGUUGGUAUUGUAACUAAUGAUGGAAAGGUUGUUUUAACUGAAGAUGAUAAUCCUAUUUCUGAAAAUGGAAAAUAUCCUGUCAACUUAGAUCUGGAUAUGAUUUUGAGUAAAGUGCCACGUAAGGUUUUCAAACAAUCAUGGCAACCAAAAGAAAAUGUACCCAUUGUGUUACCUAAUCUAACAGUUAUUGAAGCAUUGGGCAGAGUGUUAAGACUUCCAUCUGUAGCUAGUAAAAGAUAUUUGACCAACAAGGUUGAUCGUUCUGUAACAGGUCAAAUAGCUCAACAACAAUGUGUUGGCCCAUUACAUACUCCUCUGAGUGAUGUCGCUGUUACUGUUGUUUCAUUAUUUGAUACGGUCGGAAUUGCAACUUCCAUUGGUGAACAACCUAUUAAAGGUUUACUUGAUGCAGGUGUUGGAGCUAGAAUGGCGGUAGCUGAGUCAUUGACAAAUUUAGUGUUUGCUCCAAUAUCAUGUUUAGAAGAUGUUAAAUGUAGUGGUAAUUGGAUGUGGCCUGCUAAAUUGCCAGGUGAAGGAGCUGAAUUAUUUUAUGCUUGUAAAGCUAUGUGUGAAGUAAUGAAACAACUUGGAAUAGCUAUUGAUGGAGGUAAAGACUCUUUAAGCAUGGCGGCUAAAGUUGGCGGGGAAAACAUCAAAGCACCUGGUUCUAUAGUCAUCUCAACCUAUGUUCAAUGUGAAGAUGUAAGAUUAGUGAUAACUCCUGAUCUUAAAGGACCAAGACAAAAAAGUCACAAAAAUGAAGAAGCUAGUUAUCUUCUGUUUGUAGAUUUAUCUGGUGGUCAGCGACGACUUGGUGCUUCAGCUUUGGCUCAAUGUUAUGGACAAUUAGGCAAUAGUUCACCAGAUUUAGACGAUCCCAGCAUGUUGAAAAAAGCAUUUAAAUCUAUUCAAAAACUUAUAAAAAGCCAAAAAUUAUUAUCUGGUCAUGACAUAAGUGAUGGUGGGCUAAUAACAUGUCUAUUAGAAAUGGCUUUUGGUGGAUACUGUGGAUUCAAUGUGGAUUUGAAUAAAAUUAAAGAUUCAUCUAGUAAAAAUAUUAUAGAUAUAUUAUUUGCUGAAGAAUGUGGUUGGGUUUUAGAAGUUGAUGCAAAGAAUGUUGACCAAGUGCUCUUGGAAAUAAACGUACCUGUUUAUGUUAUUGGUCGCACAUCAACAUAUGGCAACAAAUCUCGAAUUCUGAUAGAAAAUUCAGGGGAAACUAUACUUGAUAUUAAACUAACUGAAUUGUUCAAAAUGUGGGAAAGCACAAGCUAUGAGUUGGAAAAAAUCCAGUCAAAUGUUGUAACUGCUGAAGAAGAAUUUAAUUCCUUAGAAAACCGUUUAGGGCCAGUUUAUUCUUGUAAUUUUGAAUUAACUAAUUCAUUAGCUAUGCCAGAUUUGUCAUUGAAAGUGGCUGUUAUUAGAGAAGAAGGAACAAAUGGUGACCGAGAGAUGAGUGUGGCACUGUUCAUGGCUGGUUUUGAAGUAUGGGACAUUACUGUUCAAGAUCUCUUAAAUGAGGCGGUUAAUGUUGAUCAGUUUAGAGGUUUAAUUUUCCCUGGAGGCUUUAGUUAUGGAGAUGUAUUGGGUUCAGCCAAAGGAUGGGCCGCAAGUUUAGCAUUCCAUCCUAAUGUUAAAAAAAGCUUAGAAAGUUUCAUGUCUAAAAAUAAUACAUUCAGUUUAGGGGUAUGCAAUGGCUGUCAACUAAUGUGUAACCUUGGAUUAGUUGGUGAAAUCAAUGAAAGCAAUACUUUAAAUAUUGAUGACCCUCCUGUAAUAAUGUGUCAUAACAAAUCUGGCAGAUAUGAAAGUCGUUUUAGUACGGUUAAAAUUAAUUCUUCAAAAGCUAUUAUGUUCAAAGAUAUGGAUGAAAGUAUACUUGGUGUAUGGAUUGCUCAUGCUGAAGGACGUUUUGAAUUCCGAAAUGCAGAUGUCAAAGAUGCUCUUGUUACCAAUAAUUGUAUUCCCAUUACAUUUGUUGAUGAUCAAAAUAUCUCAACUGAAAAUUAUCCAAUGAACCCUAAUGGUUCUCCUGGUGGAAUAGCCGGUAUUUGUUCAUUUGACGGCAGACAUUUGGCGUUAAUGCCGCAUCCGGAACGGAGUGUGUUCACGUGGCAGUGGCCUUAUACGUACGGGCUAAAGACUGCCGCUAAAGACGGCGAUCGCGCCCCUUGGAUGCAGAUGUUUUAUAACGCCUAUGAGUGGUGUUCCCGUAAUUAGUCGAACAAAACGUACAGCACCUUUUCGUAUUGUUGAAAAACAUUUUUUUAAUAAUAACAAUAACAAUACCCAUCAUUA